AUGGGAAAACGGCAUAAGCUGCCUACUCGCUUGCCUCGUGUUGAAUCAUCCGGGAGUGACAGCGAUUCGGAUGAAAGGUUCCCUCGAAAGAAGGGCAGAUUGGAAUCUCAUACGAAAAACAAAAGGAUACGUAAUGUUCUCACUGUUCAACAGACUCGCAUCAAACUGUCUAGAGUUUUUGUAUGGAUGAACAGACAUAUCAGAACAAUACAAAAGGUCGCUUACGCCGCCGGAUCACUUAUCACCGCAUUCAUAGGCUUGGGUGAAAGGCAAAUCCCACAUACAUACGGAAGAGAAAAACCAAAUAAAGAAGGCCUAACCCCAGGUAUUAAGGAGAAGAGACCUUUUAAGGCCAGAGACUCCUAA